AUGGCGUUACAUCAUGUCUACGGAGAUUUUGCCUUCGUUUUACAGAUGACAGAAAAUGGUGCUGGCGACGUAGAGGCGAGCGGUCUGCCAGGGCAACACUUCUUGACCAUGAUCGAUAUAGGAUCGAGCACCUGUGAGAUGUUCUCGGGCCGAGGGUGUAUGUCAGAGAGUCAGAACCCGCCAAAGUUGCCCGGCUUGAGAUACUUUUCAAAAGGGGGAUUCCUAAGCGAAUUAGGAGAUAUACAUGGUAUUGCCAAAUCAAGUGUUUGUCGCGUGUUGGAAAAGACGACAGAUGCAAUCGUAAAGUCGUAUGUCUUGAUCCGGUUUCCAACGCCCGACAAACACGCUAAACUAGCGGAGGAUUUCUUCCACAUCUGUGGUUUUCCGAAAGUUGUUGGCUGCAUAGAUUGUACUUUGAUACCCAUUCAACGACCAGCAUUAGAUGAAGCAGUAUAUGUGUGCAGAAAAGGAUUCCACGCCAUCAAUGUGCAAGCUGUGUGCGACGCCCAACUCCGAUUCACAAACAUUAUUGUACAAUGGCCAGGAUCAACCCAUGAUUCACAUAUUUUCAACAACUGCAAUUUGAAAAGGCAUCUGGGGGAUGGGAAAUAUGACAUCUGGCUUCUUGGUGAUUCAGGGUAUGCCUGUAGACCCUACCUCCUGACACCUGUCAACAACCCUGCAAAUGAAAAAGAGGAGAAAUACAACCGCUGUCAUAUUGGAACAAGGAACUCAGUUGAGAGGUCAUUUGGAUUGUGCAAAUCUAGAUUCAGGUGUCUACACAAAUCAACAGGAUGCCUGUUAUUCAGCCCACAGAAGAGCAUCAAAAUUAUUACUGCCUGCUUUCAACUUCAUAAUUUGCCAAUAUUACUGAGGUUGCCUGAAGGUGGACAGCAAUCCUGCUGA